GGUCAGAGUUAAAAGUUUGCAGUCACUGACGAGCAUUUUUUUAUUGUGUUUUUGAUUACCUAAUUUUUUGGCCAUUCCCAACAAGUCAAAUAGGGUUAUGGCACAAGCUCUCACUACCACUUCCUUCUGCGAUUCAUGUAAGCUCGAUACAAGGUUAUUGAAUGAGCAUUAUUGUGUUGCCUUUAUAAAAAAAAAUGUGGGACUUUUCAGGAAUAAGGUUGUGUUGGAUUUGGGCUGUCGGAGCGGUUAUCUCACCAUAUAUGCUAUAGAAUAUGGCCAAGUGGAAAAGGUGUUCGUCUGGGGCGUGGGCGCCAUGACUAAUAUGGCCAGCUAUUUUGAAGCUUUACUGGGAAAGGAGAAGGAAAAACGUAUACUGCAGCUUGAAGGAGCCUUAGACGACAUCAUAUUGCCUGGAGGUCAUCCAAGGGUUGAUAUCAUCUUGUCUGAGUGGAUAGGAAGUUGCGUGUUUGGGGACUCGCUAUUUAAGGAGCUUAUCUACGCACGUGAUAACUGGCUAGUCCCUGGUGGUAUUAUUAUUCCGAAUCUGGCUAAUUUGUAUAUAGCGGGCAUUUCCUACAAUCCCAUUCCUGCCAAAUCCAACAUUUCACAAGUGGAGUUCUCGAAUGAGGAACAGCAUUGCACACUUCUGGAAGAACAGGUGAAGAAGGAGCAGUUAAUGACUGAGGAGUUUUUGGUGAAUUCUGUUAAUAUGCAUACUGCAAAAGUUAGUGAUAUUGAUUUCGAAGCGGAAUUUAAAUUGAAGCCACUGCGAGAUGGACAAUUCAAUGCUUUCGCGGUCUUCUACAAUGUCGGUUUUAUUGAUGCAAAUGGCAGAACGGACAUCCUAUUCUCUACUUCGCCAAAAGCGAUCAAAACAAAUAUGGAGCAGGUCAUACUCUUAACGGAGAAAACUGAGAUCAAGAGAAAGAUGACGAUUACUGGCUACUUUGGAAUCAAACCAAAUGAAAUGGAAUAUAGAGGUGUGGAGUUAUCGGUUCGCCUUUCUGAUGGCGAGGAUAAAGCAGAUGACGAUGUCGAGAUAAUAGAGCAAGAGGGGAACGAGAACGAUGUAAUAGUUUUGGAUGAGGAUGAUGAUGAUGAUGAUGAUGACUGAUGAUGAUCAAUAAAAUAAAACACAAGGCUGCCUUGCGAUUCAUGACGAUA